CCGCGCGCCGGGUCGGAGCCGGUGCGGGAGCGGAGCCGCGCGAAGCCGGCAGGAGCACGCGGGAGCGCGGCCCCGCAGUGGCCAGGCCCGAGAGAGCAGCGCGCAGGAGCCGGAGCGGCGCCACGGCCCCCACCCCAGCGCGGACCUCGCCCGGAGCUCGGACCCCGUCCUCGAAGCGUGAUCUCUCCCGCCUCGCACGCCCUGGCCGCCGGGCCGCGGGCAUGGACGGCGUCCGCUCGCCCUAGAUGGACGGCGAUGGCGGCCGCCGAGACGCCCCCGGCACGCUGAUGGAGCCCGGGCGCGGCGCGGGACCCGCGGGCAUGGCGGAGCCUCGGGCGAAGGCGGCGCGGCCGGGGCCCCAGCGCUUCCUGCGGCGCAGCGUGGUAGAGUCGGACCAGGAGGAGCCGCCGGGCUUGGAGGCAGCCGAGGCGCCGGGCCCGCAGCCCCCGCAGCCCCUGCAGCGCCGGGUGCUUCUGCUCUGCAAGACGCGCCGCCUCAUCGCGGAGCGCGCCCGCGGACGCCCCGCCGCCCCCGCGCCCGCAGCGCCGGUAGCGCAGCCGGGAGCCCCCGGAGCCCCCGCGGACGCCGGCCCCGAGCCCGUGGGCACGCAGGAGCCCGGCCCGGACCCCAUCGCGGCCGCUGUCGAAACCGCGCCUGCCCCCGACGGCGGCCCCAGGGAGGAGGCGGCGGCGACCGUGAGGAAGGAGGAUGAGGGGGCGGCGGAGGCGAAACCUGAGCCCGGGCGCACUCGCCGGGACGAGCCCGAAGAGGAGGAGGACGACGAGGACGACCUCAAGGCCGUGGCCACCUCUCUGGACGGCCGCUUCCUCAAGUUCGACAUCGAGCUGGGCCGCGGUUCCUUCAAGACGGUCUACAAGGGGCUGGACACGGAGACCUGGGUGGAGGUGGCCUGGUGUGAGCUGCAGGACCGGAAGCUCACCAAGCUGGAGCGGCAGCGGUUCAAGGAAGAGGCUGAGAUGCUGAAAGGCCUGCAGCACCCCAACAUCGUGCGCUUCUACGACUUCUGGGAGUCUAGCGCCAAGGGCAAGCGGUGCAUUGUGCUGGUGACGGAGCUGAUGACCUCAGGGACGCUGAAGACGUACCUGAAGCGGUUCAAGGUGAUGAAGCCCAAGGUUCUCCGCAGCUGGUGCCGGCAGAUCCUGAAGGGCCUGCUGUUCCUGCACACAAGGACACCACCCAUCAUCCACCGAGACCUGAAAUGUGACAAUAUUUUUAUCACCGGACCAACUGGGUCUGUGAAGAUUGGCGACUUGGGCCUGGCCACUCUGAAAAGAGCGUCAUUUGCCAAAAGUGUGAUAGGUACUCCCGAGUUCAUGGCGCCCGAGAUGUACGAGGAGCACUACGAUGAGUCCGUGGACGUCUAUGCCUUUGGGAUGUGCAUGCUGGAGAUGGCCACCUCGGAGUACCCCUACUCGGAGUGCCAGAACGCGGCCCAGAUCUACCGCAAGGUCACCUGUGGUAUCAAGCCGGCCAGCUUUGAGAAAGUGCACGAUCCUGAAAUCAAGGAGAUUAUUGGGGAGUGUAUCUGCAAAAACAAGGAGGAAAGGUACGAGAUCAAAGACCUGCUGAGCCACGCCUUCUUCGCAGAGGACACGGGCGUGAGGGUGGAGCUCGCGGAGGAGGACCACGGCAGGAAGUCCACCAUCGCCCUGAGGCUCUGGGUGGAAGACCCCAAGAAACUGAAGGGAAAGCCCAAGGACAAUGGAGCCAUAGAGUUCACCUUCGACCUGGAGAAGGAGACGCCGGAUGAGGUGGCCCAAGAGAUGAUUGAGUCUGGAUUCUUCCACGAGAGUGACGUCAAGAUCGUGGCCAAGUCCAUCCGUGACCGCGUGGCCUUGAUCCAGUGGCGGCGGGAGAGGAUCUGGCCCGUGCUGCAGCCCAAGGAGCAGCAGGAUGUGGGCAGCCCGGACAAGGCCAGGGGUCCGCCGGUGCCCCUGCAGGUCCAGGUGACCUACCAUGCACAGGCUGGGCAGCCCGGGCCACCAGAGCCCGAGGAGCCGGAGGCCGACCAGCACCUCCUGCCACCUACGUUGCCGACCAGCGCCACCUCCCUGGCCUCGGACAGCACCUUCGACAGCGGCCAGGGCUCUACCGUGUACUCGGACUCGCAGAGCAGCCAGCAGAGCGUGGUGCUUGGCUCCCUUGCCGACGCAGCGCCGCCCCCGGCCCAGUGUGUGUGCAGCCCCCCUGUGAGCGAGGGGCCCGUCCUGCCACAGAGCCUGCCCUCGCUGGGGGCCUACCAGCAGCCCACGGCUGCACCUGGCUUGCCGGUGGGCUCUGUCCCGGCCCCCGCCUGCCCUCCGUCCCUCCAGCAGCACUUCCCGGAUCCGGCCAUGAGCUUCGCCCCCGUGCUGCCGCCGCCCAGCACCCCCGUGCCCACGGGCCCAGGCCAGCCAGCACCCCCCGGCCAGCAGCCUCCUCCGCUGGCCCAGCCGACACCCCUGCCGCAGGUCCUGGCCCCACAGCCCGUGGGCCCCCUCCAGCCGGUUCCCCCCCACCUGCCACCGUACCUGGCUCCAGCCUCCCAGGUGGGGGCCCCCGCUCAGCUGAAGCCCCUCCAGAUGCCACAGGCGCCCCUGCAGCCGCUUGCUCAAGUCCCUCCGCAGAUGCCCCCGAUUCCUGUUGUACCCCCCAUCACACCCCUGGCGGGAAUCGACGGCCUCCCUCCGGCCCUCCCAGACCUGCCGACCGCGACCGGGCCUCCCGUGCCACCACCUCAGUAUUUCUCUCCAGCCGUGAUCUUGCCGAGCCUCGCUGCCCCACUCCCCGCUGCAUCCCCAGCCUUGCCUCUGCAGGCUGUGAAGCUGCCCCACCCCUCUGGGGCACCCCUGGCCAUGCCCUGCCGGACCAUUGUGCCAAAUGCACCGGCCACUAUCCCCCUGCUGGCCGUAGCCCCACCGGGCGUGGCUGCCCUGUCCAUUCAUUCUGCCGUGGCCCAGCUCCCAGCCCAACCUGUGUACCCAGCGGCCUUCCCACAGAUGGCGCCUACUGAUGUCCCUCCUUCCCCCCACCACACGGUGCAGAAUAUGAGGGCCACCCCUCCACAGCCGGCACUGCCUCCGCAACCCACACUGCCCCCACAACCCGUGCUGCCCCCGCAACCCAUGCUGCCCCCACAACCUGUGCUGCCCCCGCAGCCGGCACUGCCUGUGCGCCCUGAGCCCCUCCAGCCCCACCUUCCUGAACAAGCUGCUCCAGCUGCUGCACCAGGGAGCCAGAUUCUGCUUGGCCACCCAGCUCCCUAUGCUGUGGACGUCACCGCUCAGGUCCCCACCGUGCCUGUGCCACCGGCUGCGGUCCUCUCCCCGCCUCUGCCAGAAGUGCUGCUGCCUGCUGCCCCUGAGCUCCUGCCUCAGUUCCCCAGCUCCCUGGCCACGGUGUCUGCCUCUGUGCAGAGUGUGCCCACCCAGACUGCCACACUUCUGCCACCAGCAAACCCGCCGCUGCCUGGCGGGCCCGGGAUCGCCAGCCCUUGCCCAACUGUCCAGCUGACGGUGGAACCAGUCCAAGAGGAGCAGGCCUCACAGGACAAGCCGCCCGGCCUCCCGCAGAGCUGUGAGAGCUAUGGAGGUUCUGAUGUCACUUCUGGAAAAGAGCUGAGUGACAGCUGUGAAGGCGCCUUUGGAGGGGGCAGGCUGGAGGGCAGGGCAGCCCGAAAACACCACCGCAGGUCCACGCGUGCGCGCUCCCGGCAGGAGAGGGCCAGCCGGCCCCGGCUUACCAUCUUGAACGUGUGCAACACUGGGGACAAGAUGGUGGAGUGCCAGCUGGAGACGCACAACCACAAGAUGGUGACCUUCAAGUUCGACUUGGACGGGGACGCACCCGAUGAAAUUGCCACGUAUAUGGUGGAGCAUGACUUUAUCCUGCAGGCCGAGCGGGAAACGUUCAUCGAGCAGAUGAAGGAUGUCAUGGACAAGGCAGAGGACAUGCUCAGCGAGGACACAGACGCCGACCGUGGCUCCGACCCAGGGACCAGCCCGCCACACCUCAGCACCUGCGGCCUGGGCACCGGGGAGGAGAGCCGACAAUCCCAAGCCAACGCCCCCGUGUAUCAGCAGAAUGUCCUGCACACCGGGAAGAGGUGGUUCAUCAUCUGUCCGGUGGCUGAGCACCCCGCCCCCGAGGCCCCUGAAUCUUCGCCCCCACUUCCUCUAAGCUCCCUGCCGCCAGAAGCCAGCCAAGAUUCAGCACCCUAUAAAGACCAGCUGUCCUCGAAGGAACAACCCGGCUUUCUAGCCGGUCAGCAGCUCCUGAGCCAGGCGGGCCCCAGCAACCCUCCUGGGGCACCCCCAGCCCCUUUGGCCCCCUCCUCCCCUCCUGUGACUGCUCUGCCCCAAGAUGGAGCAGCUCCAGCCACCAGCACCAUGCCAGAGCCAGCGUCAGGAACUGCCAUCCAGGCAGGGGGUCCAGGGACACCUCAGGGGCUGACCAGUGAGCUCGAGACGUCUCAGCCACUAGCGGAGACUCACGAGGCCCCGCUUGCUGUGCAGCCCCUCGUGGUGGGCCUAGCACCUUGCACUCCAGCUCCAGAGGCUGCCUCAACCAGGGACGCCAGUGCCCCAAGGGAGCCCCUGCCACCUCCUGCGCCUGAGCCCAGCCCCCACAGCGGGACCCCACAGCCCGCCUUGGGUCAGCCUGCUCCCCUGCUUCCUGCCGCAGUGGGGGCUGUCAGCCUGGCCACCUCCCAGCUCCCAAGCCCACCCCUGGGGCCCACCGUCCCCCCACAGCCACCCUCAGCCCUGGAGUCGGAUGGGGAAGGGCCGCCCCCCAGGGUGGGCUUUGUGGACAGCACCAUCAAGAGCCUGGACGAGAAGCUGCGGACUCUGCUCUACCAGGAGCACGUGCCCACCUCCUCAGCCUCAGCUGGGACCCCUGUGGAGGUGGGCGACAGAGACUUCACCCUGGAGCCCCUGAGAGGGGACCAGCCCCGCUCAGAGGUCUGCGGGGGGGACCUGGCCCUGCCCCCAGUGCCUAAGGAGGUGGUCUCAGGGCGUGCCCAGCUGCCCCAGCCCUUGAUGGAGAAGUCAGAACUGGCCCCCACUCGAGGGGCCGUGAUGGAGCAGGGCACGUCUUCGUCAAUGACAGCAGAGUCGUCUCCCAGGAGUAUGCUGGGCUAUGACAGAGAUGGAAGGCAGGUGGCCUCAGACUCCCAUGUGGUCCCCAGCGUCCCCCAGGAUGUACCUGCUUUUGUGAGACCUGCACGUGUGGAGCCCACAGACAGGGAUGGUGGAGUCGCUGGAGAAAGCUCAGCAGAGCCCCCGCCAAGUGACAUGGGCAUUUCCACAGUGGGGGGCCAGGCUAGCCACCCCCAGACACUUGGCGCUCGAGCUUCGGGGUCCCCUUGGAAACGUCCAGAGCAGCAGGAUGUCAGCUCACCAGCCAAGACUGUGGGCCGUUUCUCGGUGGUCAGCACUCAGGACGAGUGGACCCUGGCCUCCCCCCACAGCCUGAGAUACUCUGCCCCACCCGACGUCUACCUGGACGAGGCCCCCUCCAGCCCCGACGUGAAGCUGGCAGUGCGGCGGGCGCAGACGGCCUCCUCCAUCGAGGUCGGCGUGGGCGAGCCCGUGUCCAGCGACUCUGGGGACGAGGGCCCUCGGGCGAGACCCCCGGUGCAGAAGCAGGCAUCCCUGCCCGUGAGUGGCAGCGUGGCUGGCGACUUCGUGAAGAAGGCCACCGCCUUCCUGCAGAGGCCUUCUCGGGCCGGCUCGUUGGGCCCCGAGACACCCAGCAGGGUGGGCAUGAAGGUCCCCACGAUCAGCGUGACCUCCUUCCAUUCCCAGUCAUCCUACAUCAGCAGCGACAAUGAUUCGGAGCUCGAGGAUGCUGACAUAAAGAAGGAGCUGCAGAGUCUGCGGGAGAAGCACCUGAAGGAGAUCUCGGAGCUGCAGAGCCAGCAGAAGCAGGAGAUCGAAGCUCUGUACCGCCGCCUGGGCAAGCCACUGCCCCCCAACGUGGGCUUCUUCCACACGGCACCCCCAACUGGCCGCCGGAGAAAAACCAGCAAGAACAAGCUGAAGGCGGGCAAGCUGCUAAAUCCCCUGGUGCGGCAGCUCAAGGUCGUGGCCUCCAGCACAGGUCACUUGGCUGACUCCAGCAGAGGCCCUCCCGCUAAGGACCCUGCCCAAGCCAGUGUGGGGCUCACUGCAGACAGCACGGGCCUGAGUGGGAAGGCAGUGCAGACCCAGCAGCCCUGCUCCGUCCGGGCCUCCCUGUCUUCGGACAUCUGCUCCGGCUUAGCCAGUGAUGGAGGCGGAGCGCGUGGCCAAGGCUGGACGGUUUACCACCCAACGUCUGAGAGAGUGACCUAUAAGUCUAGUAGCAAACCUCGUGCUCGAUUCCUCAGUGGACCCGUAUCUGUGUCCAUCUGGUCUGCCCUGAAGCGUCUCUGCCUAGGCAAAGAACACAGCAGUAGGUCCUCCACCAGCAGCCUGGCCCCAGGCCCUGAGCCAGGCCCCCAGCCCGCCCUGCACGUCCAGGCGCAGGUGAACAACAGCAACAACAAGAAGGGUACCUUCACGGACGACCUGCACAAGCUGGUGGACGAGUGGACGAGCAAGACGGUGGGGGCCGCGCAGCUGAAGCCCACGCUCAACCAGCUGAAGCAGACCCAGAAGCUGCAAGACAUGGAGGCCCAGGCAGGCUGGGCUGCCCCUGGCGAGGCGCGGGCUAUGACCGCACCUCGAGCAGGAGUGGGGAUGCCACGUCUGCCCCCAGCGCCCAGCCCUCUGUCCACCACGGUCAUUCCCGGAGCCGCCCCGACCCUGUCCGUGCCCACACCAGAUCCUGAGAGUGAGAAGCCUGACUGACCCCGCCUAGACGCCAGGCCCACUUCACGCCGUCUAAGUGGAGAAGUGACGGACCCUCAGGGCCAGCUGCUCCUCCUGUCCAGUUCACGCUGUUUUGUAACCACUUUCUAAGCAUUUUUUAUUCACAAUUGGAAACACAAAUGUAAUGCAAGAAUAAAAAAUAUUUUGGGGCAGAAAGGACUUUGGUUUUUCAAACUAUUUCCUCUCUGGUGGCCCUCGGCCAGCCAGGUGACUGGGAUGUGACGGGGGUGGGGGGACAUUCCCAGGACCCUGGCACGCUCAGGAUAGCCCUGUUCUCUGCAGGGCCCUGGAGGUGGCGGCCCCGGGGAGGCUGAUCUCCAAGUCCCCCCGAUGCCAGCUGGCACGGACUCGGGGUCCUGGGUGCCUCCUGGCCUUUGCUCACAGAGCUCCAUGAGGCAGACCCUUCCCUCUGGUCUUUGGAGGCUUGAAGUCACCCACCACCCCCACACCCACCUCCCAGGCACCCUCCUUCCAGAAUUCACCUGCACUGGCAGGGAAAACACCAGUGGCCUGGGGCCAGAAACCUCUGGCUGUGGGGUGGCAGGUCUGAGACCACUGGCUCCUUGGAGGGCUGCAUACCCCCCACUCGUGGGAGGGGUCCUAAGUGUGAGAAACGAGGAACGUUGACAUGGCCUCACCAAGGAAACGUGCCGUGGUAAGGUCCCCACACCCUAGCCUGGCCAGCAGGCACAGGGGCCUUAUGCUGGGUCCAGAGGUCUAGGGAGAAUUUGGGGUCCCAUGCAUCACAAUGAAAAAGCAUUGCAUCUCUAUUUUCAUUAAUGUCUAACUGCAAUUUAGCAUUUCCUCCACUAACAGCACCUGGACUUCAUCACCACUAGACACCACAGAUAUUGCUGUGCCAUGCCAUUUACAUCCAUGACACAGUGCCCUUCCCUGAGAUGUAAAACUGUCCAGCCAGCUGAUAGAGCGGCGCUGCCUGCCUAUCUCAAACAUGAGUCUUCAGGGCACAGUGACGCUGCUUCCCCACGGGAGUGUCGGAGAUGCCAUCCCGCUGUGUGCGGGUGACCUCGGAGUCCUGGCUCUUCUCCGUGUGAUCAGCAGGGUAGGCCUCCUCCAAGCCUCAGCUGGGAGCAGGGAUGGCACGGUGCUAGGAACAUGGCUUCCCUUGGUCUUAGUUUGUGUUCUCUUCUGUUGGUGGCUCAUGUGACUGGUUUUCUGUGGACCAUAGUAAUGCAGUUUGCCUUUUCUUUUUUUUUUUUUUUUCUUCUUUUUUUAAUGAGACCGAGUCUUGCUCUGUUGCCCAGGCUGGAGUGCAGUGAUGCAAAUUCAGCUCACUGCAACCUCCGCCUCCUGGGUUCAAGUGAUUCUUCUGCCUCAGCCUCCUGAGUAGCUGGGAUUACACGUGUGCGCCACCAUCACACCUGGCUAAUUUUUGUAUUUUUAGUAGAGAUGGAGUUUCAGCGUGUUGGCUAGGCUGGUCUCAAACUCUUGACCUCGUGAUCCGCCCGCCUUGGCCUCACAAAGUGUUAGGAUUACAGGCGUGAGCCACCGUGCCCGGCCGCAGUUUGCCUUUCAAACUGCACAUUUAUUUUAAUCAUUUUCUUUAAGUGAAUAAUAGUAUAAAUGUCAAUGGUAAAAUUUGGUGGUAGUAUGGUAGUAAAUAGUAGUACAAUGGUCAAUGAAAUGAUAAUGGUCAAGCCAGCACCCUCUGGGGAGAUUCUGCACAGUGCACUUCCAGGACUCUGGGGCCCCGAAUCCCAGCUUCAUCUGCUGCUCAGAACCACCUAGCAGCCCUCCAGGGCCGCUAGGAAAAGGCCCCAAGCCUCAGCCACAGAAUCCAAGGCUCUUGGUGUUCAGCCUCACCCACUAGACGCGUCCCUGCUUCAGGCUUCACUGCUGCUGCACAGCGUGCCAGCUGGGCCCGGAUAUUCUUUUUUUUUUUUUUUUUUUUGAGAUGGAGUCUCGC